AUGGACACGCAGGGGGGAUCCCUCGUCCCCCAGGACAUAGAGAGCUCAAAGAAUGAGAUACAGCUGCGAGUGACCCCGUCGGAGGUGAAGUUCCUGAACACGCUGGCCGGGAGGGUGUACCGCCUCCCGAUUACUGUACACAAUCUUGGCCAUUGCAAUCAGAAGAUCCGGUUUCGGGAGCCCAUCAAGCCGCAGUUCAAACUGAUUUUGAUAAAUCUUGGUAAAGCACUUGCUUCUGGCCUUCAGAUGACAGCUACUGUGAAAUAUCAUCUUGGUAAAGAUGAGGACACUUUUGACCAACUACUUAUUUCAGUAGGAAAUAAAACAAUAGAAAUCCCUCUAAUUGGAUUCCUUGUUAUCACCUAUGUAAACAAUCGUCAUCUGGAGAUAGAAGUAUGUUUCACAGAAUACCAGGGCCUAUUACCCAUCCUCAUUUUUCCAACUAGUGGUAUUGUGGAGCCUUAGUCAUCAGUUGUUAUCAAAGUGGAUUUCUGUGCAGACCAGCCAGGAAUUGUAAAUGAAGUGGCAAAAGUGACUUUGCAAAGUUGUCCUGAGAUACUUUUGAGUAUCACAGCUCAUGUGGUUGAACAAAUUAUUGAAUUGUUAAACAUGAGUACUGACAAAAAGUUGGAAUGCAUACGCUUUGGUUCUGUUUUGUUUGGAACAUCAAAAAUUGAACAUGCACUUCUAUACAAUAAUAGCCCACAACCCAUAAAUUGGGUAGCCAUAAUACAAGAUGAUUCCAUUGGAGAAGAAUUGGGUACAAAUAUUCGACAAAGAACUGAUAUUGCUUUAAAUAAUUUCACCUUCAUAAGUAAAAUAAAGAAUGUAGAUAUUACCACUUUUAUCUCCUGUGUUCCUAAUGAAGGGACUUUACUACGUUAUCAAAAGAUUGCAAUUGUGUUUUGUUUCAGCCCAAAGCUGAUGGUUGAUGGUAAAAAGGAUAUUGAACCUUCACACAGGCAGGAUUAUGCUGUCUUUUUGAGAUUUGAGUCCGUAGGAAAUAAAGAUGGAUUUUUGAGAGAUGAUAAUUAUAAAACCAUCAAAAGUUUUGAUCUCCGGGUGAUGCCGGCCUCAUAG